CAACAAAGAUGGCGGACGAGGCAACCCGCCGGGUAGUGGCGGAGCUGCCGCUCCUGAAGACCAACGCGGGCCCGCGGGACCAGGAGCUGUGGAUCCAGCGGCUGAAGGAGGAAUACCAGGCGCUCAUUAAGUAUGUGGAGAACAACAAGAAUGCUGAUAACGAUUGGUUCAGGCUCGAAUCCAACAAGGAAGGAACCAGGUGGUUUGGGAAGUGCUGGUACAUCCACAGUCUCCUAAAGUACGAGUUUGCGGUUGAGUUUGAUAUUCCAGUUACAUAUCCAUCCACGGCGCCGGAAAUUGCCAUUCCAGAACUCGACGGAAAAACGGCGAAAAUGUACAGAGGUGGUAAAAUCUGUCUGACGGACCACUUCAAGCCCCUCUGGGCCAGGAAUGUGCCCAAAUUUGGGCUGGCUCACCUCAUGGCCUUGGGGCUGGGACCUUGGUUGGCCGUGGAGAUCCCGGAUCUGAUUUCGAAGGGCCUGAUCGAGCACAAGGAGAAAUGAGGCAGGUGUGACUGCGUGUGGAGGCUGGGCCUCGGGCCGACCUCCUGGCUUUGCCUGCUGAUGCCGGCAGCCCUAGACGUCAGCCAGGAAUGUGUCUUGCAUGUCUGCACCUGUGGGACUGCAGGUUUCCAACCUGUCGGGAAAAGCGGCUUUCCAAUAAAAAGAAGAAACUGCCCUUCCACA